AGAAAUUUCAGUCAACGGAAGGAGGUUGAACAAACAAGUGAUACUUACGAUAAUUAUUUACAUAAAAGUAUAAAUAUUUUUGAAUUUUUAUUCCAUAUUUUGCGCAAAUAAAUUUUGAGAAAUAGACAAAAAAUGCUAAACUCAUCAAGGCGGGCAUUAUCAGCUGCAAGACCAGUAACAUCGCAAGCAAAGACCACGGAUCGCAAUGAACCCAUAAUGUGGCCUAGUGAACGUAUACCACAGGGUGGACUUUUUCAUACGCCCAAAAUUCAGUAUAGCAAAGAGACGGCGGAUUUACUUAAAUUACUGAUGAAAGAGUCGAAAAUGUCCAUGUUAAUGCGCAAACAAAUCGAUUAUCAUCUACGUAAUGGCGAACCUCUGCCGAAACCGGAACCACGACGAAUCAACAUAAACAAAGAUCCAGAUAGCGAGGCAUUGGAAAUUUUACGAAGAGCCCAUAAUGCAAAACGUAAAAGUUUGGCUGAAAUUAAAGCAAGUGGAGCCUACGAAAUGCCGCGUUAUCGUCCAAAACCGGAUGACAAAUUGCCCUCUGAAAAAUCCAAAAAAUUGCUACAAGAAGCUAUGUCCGGAUUGAAAAUAUCCGAAACUAACCUGAAACCCAAGCGCAAGCCGAAGACGAAUCGCGAGUCGAAUACAACUACAGAUGACAUAAUUAACGAGUUGUUGGAUCAAAUAAACGAACGUGCCGAAUGGCUGGCCGAAAUGGAUGAAUUGGGCGAAGGCAAACGUUAUCGCGAUGAGAUACGCGAACAAAUCUCUCAACGUUUGCGUCAAAUAAAAGCACUGCAAACCAAAGUGCAACUUCAGAAGGAUGGCAAUAUACGUUUCUUGGAUUAGGAGUCUUGUGUAAAGGUGGGAAAAUUUGCCUUGGAUAUGAUAUGCUACAUGAAUGAAUAGUGGGUUGAAUUAUAAAAUAAAUAGAGAAAUAAUUUACAAAAAAAAAAUAAACUUAUCAUAAAAUCUAACAGAA